UCUCCACCACCACCUUCUCCUUCACCUCCUCCACCAUACUACUAUAAAUCUCCACCACCUCCUUCUCCUUCACCUCCGCCAUCUUAUUAUUACAAGUCUCCGCCUCCUCCAUCACCAUCACCAUCACCAUCAUACUAUUAUAAGUCCCCACCACCACCUGCUAAGUCACCUCCUCCCCCAUACUAUUAUAGUUAUCCACCACCACCAGUAAAGUCUCCUCCUCCACCAUAUUAUUAUUCCUCACCGCCACCACCAAAGAAAUCACCCCCGCCACCAUAUCACUAUACUUCCCCACCACCACCAGUUAAGUCUCCUCCUCCACCAUAUUACUAUUCCUCACCACCACCACCCAAGAAAUCACCUCCUCCCCCAUAUCACUAUAGUUCCCCACCGCCACCAGUUAAGUCUCCUCCUCCACCAUAUUACUAUUCCUCACCACCACCACCUAAGAAAUCACCUCCUCCACCAUAUUACUACUCUUCUUCACCACCACCAAAGAAAUCACCACCGCCACCAUACCACUACUCUUCCCCACCACUACCAGUAAAGUCACCUCCAACUCCAUACUACUACACCUCCCCACCACCACCAAAGAAGUCUUCUCCCCCAUCAUACUAUUACACUUCACCGCCACCACCUACUCAUUACUAUCCUCCACAUCAUCAUUUGGUGGUCAAGGUUGUCGGAAAGGUCUACUGUUUUAGAUGCUAUGAUUUAAAAUACCCAGAAAAGUCUCAUGGCAAGAAACACCUGAAAGGUGCCGUUGUUAAGGUAACUUGUAAGGCUGGUGACAAGAAAAUUGUGAGUUAUGGUAUCACAAAGAUCAAUGGCAAAUUUAGCAUUACUGUUAAAGGAUUUGAAUAUGCCAAAUAUGGAGCAAAGGCUUGCAAGGCUAAACUACACAAUGCUCCAAAGGAUUCAAAUUGUGACAUUCCUACAAAUCUUCAUUGGGGAGUAAAGGGUGCUAACCUUAAAGUGAAGUCAAAGAACCAUUAUGAAGUUGUACUUUAUGCAAAAUCAUUUGCUUAUGGCUCUAAGACACCUUAUGCAAAAUGCACAAAACCUAUGCCUACGCCUACUCCAUACUACUACAAAUCUCCUCCACCUCCAUCGCCGACUUAUAUUUACAAGUCACCACCUCCCCCAACCCCGACAUACGUUUACAAAUCUUCGCCGCCACCAACCCCGACAUACGUUUACAAAUCUUCGCCGCCACCAACUAAGUCUCCACCAUCUCCUUAUUACUACAAGUCUCCACCUCCACCAUCACCAAAACAUGCCCAUGUAUACUAUUAUAAAUCACCACCGCCUCCAUCUUCAUCGCCUCCACCUUCUUACUAUUAUAAAUCCCCUCCACCACCAUCACCUUCUCCUCCUCCUCCAUAUUACUACAAGUCGCCACCACUCCCAUCACCAUCACCUCCACCNAAGUCUCCUCCACCACCAUCACCAUCUCCUCCACCACCCUAUUACUAUAAAUCACCACCACCUCCAUCGCCAUCACCGCCACCACCCUAUUACUAUAAAUCACCACCACCUCCAUCGCCAUCACCGCCACCACCCUAUUAUUACAAGUCUCCACCACCGCCAUCUCCAUCACCGCCACCACCCUAUUAUUACAAGUCUCCACCACCGCCAUCUCCAUCACCGCCACCACCCUAUUACUACAAGUCCCUUCCUCCACCGUCGUCUUCUCCUCCACCUCCAUACUAUUACCACUCUCCACCUCCACCAGUAAAGUCUCCUCCUCCUCCCUAUUACUACAGCUCACCUCCUCCACCCGUGAAAUCACCACCUCCGCCAGUAUACAUUUAUGCUUCUCCGCCACCUCCAAUCCACUACUAA